GCAGUGUCCCCUCUCUUCUGCCUCGGGACAGCUGGUUAUUGUCAGAUCCUAACAGAUCUUCCUUGCGCAUUGCUCUCUGGGAGAGGAGGGAGGCUAUGCGGGGGGCUUUUCAUUGAUCCAAUGGGAAUUACGUUGAUCUGGUGUCUGGCCUUGGUUCUUAUCAAGUGGAUUGCCUCAAAGAGGCGUGGAGCUAUCUCCUAUGACAGCUCUGAUCAGACUGCGUUGUACAUUCGUAUGCUAGGAGAUGUACGCGUAAGGAGUCGAGCAGGAUUUGAAUCAGAAAGAAGAGGUUCUCAUCCAUAUAUUGAUUUUCGUAUUUUUCACGCUCAAUCUGAAACCGAAGUUUCUGGGUCUGCAAGGAAUAUCAGAAGGUUACUAAGUUUCCAGCGGUAUCUUAGAUCGUCACGCUUUUUCCGUGGUACCAGCGUUUCGAAUUCUGUAAACAUUUUAGAUGAUGAUUAUAAUGGACAAGCCAAGUGUAUGCUGGAAAAAGUUGGAAAUUGGAAUUUUGAUAUCUUUCUAUUUGAUAGACUAACAAAUGGAAAUAGUCUAGUAAGUUUAACCUUUCAUUUAUUUAGUCUUCAUGGAUUAAUUGAGUACUUCCAUUUAGAUAUGAUGAAACUUCGUAGAUUUUUAGUUAUGAUCCAAGAAGAUUACCACAGUCAAAACCCUUACCACAAUGCAGUCCACGCUGCAGAUGUUACUCAGGCCAUGCACUGUUACCUAAAAGAACCUAAGCUUGCCAGUUCUGUGACUCCUUGGGACGUCUUGCUGAGCUUAAUUGCAGCUGCCACUCACGAUCUGGAUCAUCCAGGUGUUAAUCAACCUUUCCUUAUUAAAACUAACCAUUACUUGGCAACUUUAUACAAGAAUACCUCAGUACUGGAAAAUCACCACUGGAGAUCUGCAGUGGGUUUAUUGAGAGAAUCCGGUUUAUUCUCACAUAUGCCAUUAGAAAGCAGACAACAGAUGGAGGCUCAGAUAGGCGCUCUGAUACUGGCCACGGACAUCAGCCGGCAGAACGACUACCUGUCCUUGUUUAGGGCCCAUCUGGACAAAGGCGACUUACGUCUGGAAGACACCAGGCAUAGGCAUUUGGUUUUACAGAUGGCUUUGAAAUGUGCUGAUAUUUGUAACCCAUGUCGGACCUGGGAAUUAAGCAAGCAGUGGAGUGAAAAAGUAACAGAGGAGUUCUUCCAUCAAGGAGAUACAGAAAAAAAGCAUCAUCUGGGUGUGAGUCCGCUUUGUGAUCGUCAGACCGAAUCUAUUGCCAACAUCCAGAUUGGUUUUAUGACGUAUCUCGUGGAGCCUCUGUUCACAGAAUGGGCCCGCUUCUCCAACACCAGGCUGUCCCAGACAAUGCUCGGACACGUGGGGCUGAACAAAGCCAGCUGGAAGGGACUGCAGCGAGAACAGUCCAGCAGCGAGGACACUGACGCUGCAUUUGAGGAGCUGAACUCACAGUUAUUACCUCAGGAGAACCGGUUAUCCUAACCCCGCCAGUCAGUGGGCAGACUGCCCCUGGAGGUCGUUAGAAAUGUGAAUGGGGUCUUGAGGUGAGAGAACUUUACUCUCGACUGCCAAGGGAAUUGAAUGACGCCAGCAUUAUUUAUUUCCAAGAUUUCCUCUGUUGGAUCAUUUGAACCCACUUUUUGAUUGUAAGACCCGAACAUACAGCAAUAUGCAUUUGGCUUUCGUGUGAAACCUUGAAUAUGCAAAGCCCAGCGGGAGCGAACCGAAGGGAAUAACGAAGUUUUGCAGGAAGUUUUGCGGUGGCCCUCGUGCUUCUCGAAGCACCAUGAGACUUGAACCGAAGCCUUCAGCAGAAAUCUUUGGAAUUUAACCCGUCUGAUGCAACAGUGUGUAUCUGUACCUUCCACUAAGUUCUCUCGGAGAAAAUGGAAAUGUGAAGUGCCCAGCCUCUGCGCCUCUGGCCAGACUCGAUGUUUACAGACCAGCUCUGAAAUAUUGGUUCUCAAUCCGCCUUGGAGCAUGAUUGUGAAGGAACCACUGAGAAUUUUAAAGAUCAAACCUAAACUGCAGCUCUUUCCCCCGGUUUGCCUUUCUUCUUCUUUGGAUGCCACCAAAGCCUCCCAUUUGCUAUCGUUUUAUUUUGGGCACUGGAAACUGAGCGUUUAUCCUAGAGUGCCGCCGAGCUUUCACUCCAGUGCUGUUUGGCAAUGCGAUUUUUUUUAACUCUUAGUUUUUAAUUGGGGCGGGAGGGGCAGAACCCGUGUCCUAGCUGUAUUACGAUUCCGCAGUGAAGACGUUGCAUGUGGUUUUCACUAGUGUACACUUGACCUGCACAUGCAAGAGAAGGGUGGAACGUUCAAAACACCAUAAUCAGCUCAGGGUAUUGCCAAUCUGAAAUAAAGUGGGAUGGGCAAGUGUGUCCUUCAGAGCAAGGGUACUAAAGUCCCUCUCGCUGCAGGGAGUGAGAGGUAUGUUGUGUGUGUGCGGAUGUGUGUGUGGGGCACGCUCGUGCAUGUGUGACUGUGCAUGUGUUGUUCUAUUUAUCCACGUGGGGAGGAUUGGGAACGUCAGCUUUUAUUUAUUAUUUGAGAAUGUGACAUAAUGAGCAGCCACACGUGGGGAGGGGAAGGGAGGUCAGCUGUGAACAGAUCGCUCCAGAUGCCUUAAACUAUGCACAAAGCUAAGUGACCAAACUUCUUGUUUUGAUUUGAAAAAAGUGCAUUGUUUUCUUGUCCCUCCCCCUUUGAUGAAACGUUACCCUUUGAUGGGCCUUUUGAUGUGAACAGAUGUUUUCUAGGACAAAAUCUAAGGACUAAUUUUAAACUUACAACAUUCCACUUUUGUAAUUUGUUUUAAAAUGUCUUAUGUGUAGUCCGCACAACUGUAAUCUAGUUUUAAGAGAAACCGGUGCUUUCUUUUAGUUCAAUUGUAUUUCCCUUGUUACUGUAAAGGACUGUUUAUUAAUUAUGUUUACAAGUUUGUGGCAACAGUCAUCUUCUUGGGAGAAAGCUUGAGUGUAAAGCCAUUUGUAAAAGGCUUUGCCAUAUACUCAUUUUAAUACGUGCCUGUUGCUGUUAACUUUUGAUGAAUAAAAACCUAUCUUUUCACAUUUUCAUCUUUGAUAUUUACCUGUAAGUCAGCCCGUCGGAAACCAUAACGCUAAAUUACUAGGGAAGCAAAGAAUUCGCUUCUCGGCGCCGGCAUUCGCUCGCCACACGUUUGUUCGGGCAGAGCUGGGCGCAGGCAGAGUCCUGCGGGCUCGUGUGCUGCCUGCACCUCACGGGUGAGCAAGCUGAGGCCGGGAUGUAGUGCGGAGUCCUAACAGCCGGGAGAAGUCGGCUCUGAGCCCAGCCUCUUGACUCCACAGCCCUUUGUUCCCACGGCGGGAACCUCAGGCCUUCGUGCAGCACGUCUCAGUUCGGACCAGCCACGUUUCCGGUGCCCGGUCUCCACAUGUGGCUUGUGGCCGCCACACUGGACAGCUGGGUGCAGAAGUCUGAUGGUGGUGGAGCCGAGGGCUACCUGGGGAAGGCAAACGUUCUCGGGAAGCCGAAUGACGAUCAGCCGGUUGCCUGAGCGUGGCUUCUGAGCAAGGGAAGCAAGUCGCCUCACGCAUCCUGCAGGGACGUACCUGCUGGUACUCGUUCGUGGACCACGGUUCCCCUGAACGAGGCUACAGAUUCUCUGCCAGGAGCUGCUUCUCCACGCCUGCUUGAUUGGCACAUCCAGCAGACACGUCAGACCUUCAGCCUUGCCGCAGCUGGGCCUGCCCGGGCUCAGUCUGCCAGCGUAUGAUUGCUUUCUUCUUCUCUGACCUGUUACGUGUUUCUCACUUUGGAUAUUCAGAGGAUUAUCUUCUUAUUGCCAUCCUCAAGGGGGAGACGCCUGAGUGUUGCUCCCAUCUCCUCCCUACACAUAAGAUAAACCCACUGCAAAGAUACGUUUUGUGACAUAUAUGUGGUAUUACCGUCCACAGCCCUGCUUCUUCAACAGGACCUAUAUUCUUUGAACAUCGGUUUUCUAGAAAAAUUUGAGGAAACAGUACAGCAACUUAGAAGGUCACAUUUUAACUAUCGGUCUAGCGUCAUGAGCAAUUAUGUGGAAACUAGUCUGUCAAUGCCGAAGUCAUGUGGUCACAGCAUCCGAGUUCCUGUUGUGUGCAGAACUGCACUGGAUGUAAUAACGGUAUUAAAACUAAAUACCGAGACGGGGUCUCUGUUCUCAAAAUGUCUGGGUGACAAAAUGAGGUGUGGAAAGCAUCUGUUAUGUAAUAUGGGAGGUUUCUAUACGGCACAAAAUGAGUGUAAAGCGUUGGGGUACUGUUGAGAAUGAAUGAUUUUGUUGGGUUAAUGAAAAUGACACCAUUUCCAGUAAUUAUUGAAUCUUACUAACAUCCGUGACUGGUAAAAUCAUUUAACUUUCAAAUUUGAUUCUAAAAUAGAAGUCUUAGAUGUUCACUGUGAUACUUUUAGUAAAAUACUAAUAACUUUUCUCAAUCACAGUAACAUUUUUUUUACUUUUACAGCUACGCUAAGUCGUCCUGAACCUAUCCUGAAGUCUGGUAGAAUGGUCAGGGAAAGAGAAACACCCCCGUUUUUAAUCUCAGAUUCUUUUUAGCUGUAUUUUAAAACUGAAGCACAGUGACCUAUUGGUUUAUUGCAACUUUCCACUGGUCCCAUCAAUAGUCUUGUUAAGAAAGUUCAUCUUAUACUACAGUUAUGUUUAACCUAUGCAUUGUUUUGAGAUUUUUGAGCAUAAAUUUGAAGUGUUUCUUUACUGUGAGCCGCAUCCUAUAAAGAAUCGGGAGGCCGCAUGGUAUCCCAAGGUGCUUUAUCUUUUGAAGAAAGUAUCAUAAAGGAAUGUGUUUAAAGUUCCCAGUUGAACAUUUGCAGAAAACAGUUUCUGAAUUCCCAUCUAAGAAUCCUCACAAGAUAGGGGUUCCCUUUCCCAUUGUAGGGAACAGUCUCACUCAGACCACCGCAGGGCAGCGGGAGCUUUAUCUUGAGGAUUCGUGUCCAUGAUAAUGAGACAAGCCCUCUGAAGGCUGCAGAAGCAGAACCUGGGGUCUGAGUGCUCUGAGACAUAGCUUCCUGCUUCUUCCCACACUUUGCUCCUCUUCCUCUCUCUUCUCUACCUUGGAGUGUCUGCUUGGAAAGGCAGUAAAGUUUUUAAUGUGUUGUCUUUAUGGCUAGAUAGACUGUGUUUAGGUCUUCUGUCAUGUAUUAGCGAGUCACCUGAUCUUCUGAGUGGCUUCCUAACCUACAAAACGUCUGCCUCGUGAAGGUAAAAUAAUGUACUGACACACAGUUCGGUCUCAGUGUCCUUGUUCACGUCCUCCUCAUCUGUUUUGUAUAAACCGCUCGUGGGCACACCUGUACCUCAUGGCAUGCUUAUCUGAGCUCCGGGUACCAACUGUGCCCCCCGCCCCACCUCAAGGUGUCCUAUUCAGAUUCCCAAGGGAGGAUCUGGGCCAGCUUGUCGGGGCUGCGUCCUGAGUCACAGACGUCUCUGCAUUGGCUGGCGCUCCCCUUGCAGAGGGCAGUCUGCUCCAGAGCUGCGUCAGAGAGAUCACCGUGCAGAGGAUCGCGUGCUCUCCACGUCACUGAUCGCACCUGCGUUACACAACAAUGUCCCACCACCCCUGCUUCUCACCCGUUUUCAUCCUCUGAUAGCAAGCAUGGCUGGCCAGUGAAGAGGGACGGCUCCUAGGCCAUGUGAACAGAAAGCUGUUCACGACUCUGCUUACAGAAGGAGCUCUCUGACCUUUAGAAGAGGCUGGAGAAUCUUCCAGGGGAGAGAGGUUUGAGAAGCUCCAGCUAGAGGAACAUUAAGUUUUCCAGUCCCUACCAAGUGGACUAAGGACAACAGCUUUCAGGGAAACAUCCAAGAUUUCUGCAUCCUUCCGCGGGUCUAACCUACAGAGAGAACUUCUGUUUUGGGAGAAGUCACCAGAGGAUGGUUUGUUUCCAGUAGCUGUUACCUCGUGUUUUCUUCCUUCACCACUGAGGCAGACUCAGAGGAACUCUAAAUACAGCAAGAGGACAGCGGACUUCCCUGGCGGUCCAGCGGUUAAGACUCUGUGCUUCCAACGCAAGGGUUGCGGUUUCCAUCCCUGGUCGGGGAACUAAGAUCCCGCGUGCCACGCAGUGUGGUCAAAAAAUUUAAAGAAAGAAAAAAUGAGGACAGGAUUCUUCUGCAGGAGGGCCUACGACUGGGAAGACAACCAGAACUGAAGACUGAGACCUACUGCUCCACCCAGGCCUGUGCAGAGAAUGACACCUUUUCCAGGUGCCAAGAACACUGGAGAAAUCGUCUACUGGGAACUACAGUGACCUUGUGUUAAAAUAAUGUAAUAACUUAUUUAGCAUGCUGCCAUUUACAGAACGUGUUCAAAAUCAUUAUUUAAUCCUAAUUUUUUGAACUGAGCACUAUUCCCAUUUUAAAAACAGAGGUGUGACUUGGCCAGGAUCACAGGCAUGGAUCGUGUUUUAACUCCAAGUCCAGCGCUCUUUAACUCACACUGAUUAUGUAUACAGUUGAUCCUUGAACAACACAGGUUUGAACUGCACGGGUCCACUUACAUGUGCACUUGUUUCAAUAAAUAAUAUAGUACCUGUAUUUUUAUUUUACAGAUCUUUAAAUUACAUAUGGGGAGAAGUUGGUGUUUGACCAGAGAUCACAGUAGAUGGAAUCAGAGAAACUAAGGUUUGAGUCCUGAUCCUAUCCAAACUGUUUCAGCUUCCUGCCCACCCUUGGCACUGGAUGGCACUACGGUGAAAAUGGUUUCCAUGAUCCUUGACUUCCCUCUUUAAAGGAAAGCAUUAUGGAAUUUCAGCAGCAGACAU